CACUUCUACUCUGAGCCUCUGAAUGUGCUUCUUCCUCUCUCUCUCUCUCCAUAUCCCUACCUUUCAUCUUCUUUUCCCCUUAUCACUUGAUCUUUAAUACUCCUAAUCUUUCGCUCAUUUGUCGACAGCAAAACUUCUGACAAUGGAAGCAAUAAGAUUCUCUAACGUGUCAGCUCUUCUUAUACUGCUGCUACUGUCACUGUCUCUCCGUGCGACGUCAAAAGACCAAACUGUUUCAUGCACAAUGUGUACCUCUUGCGACAAUCCAUGUAACCCUGUUCCGUCUUCUUCUCCGCCACCUACUCCUCCGUCCGGCGGUGGCUCUUAUUAUUAUUCUCCUCCUCCUCCUACUCCUCCGAGCUCCGGCGGCGGCGGCUCUUAUUAUUAUCCUCCUCCUUCAACUUCCGGUGGUGGUAAAUACCCUCCUCCGUACGGAGACGGUGGACAAAGUUACUAUUAUCCGCCUGCGUCUUACGGUAACUACCCGACGCCGCCUCCCCCGAAUCCCAUCGUUCCUUAUUUUCCGUUUUACUAUCACAUUCCUCCUCCGGGAGAUUCUGGAUCGGAUCGUUUAGUGAGUUCAUUUCUCUUUGUUUUGUUCUCCGUCUUGCUUUGUUUUGGGUGAAUGAUCAUGUUUUACUACUACUUUUACCUUUUUAACUAUGCUACUAUUUUCUUACUUUCUGUUGACAAUUUGUGAUUAACAUCAUAAUUACUCGUUGUUAAGAAUCUAUAUAAGCCUAAAAAGUAUUUAUAAAACUUUUUCUUUACUAAGGAAUAAGAGUUUUUGUUGUUGUUGUGUGGUAGUUUGAGUUACUUUGUAAAUAAGGAAGAAGCAUACAAGUCAACUAGUUUCA